UGAGUUGGUAUUGCAAUUACUUCCACGCUGCAUUUAGAAGCAAUAGAUAGUCAAACCUAAACCAACAAACAAUCUAAAACAAACGUGCUAAUCUUGGCUUUCUUUUUCUUCUUCCGAACCCUGUAAUUUUCUUGACACCAUUUUCAUUUCUCUACACAAUCAUCUCUUCUCUGCAACCCUGUGCUUUCGAUUUCUCUCAUCGUUAUCAUCUCAUAUCUUUUGGAUCAAACUCAGAAUGUCUUUCAGAACAAGAACCAAGUCUGGCAAACAUCUGCUAAGUAACAAGAUAAAAAACGAACAACAGCAGCAACAAGGGAAAGAUGACGAUGUACAGAUACAGAACGAACCUUCUUUUUCUCAAAAAGCCAUAGCACAAACCCUUACAACGACUGCAAAUUUAGCUAAUCUCCUUCCAACAGGAACUAUUUUAGUUUUUCAACUUCUUACACCAGUUUUCACAAAUAAUGGAGAUUGCGACGCGCUAACACGUUUAAUGACACAGGUACUGCUAAUUUCCAUAGCUGGUGCUUGUUUUCUUGCUUCCUUCACUGACAGUUAUAGGUCGCCUGACGGCAAACUUUAUUACGGUUUCGCAACCUUCAAAGGAAUCUGGUUCUUUGACUGCUAUCCGGAAACGGAUUCUUCCAAUCUUCCUGAGGUAAGCAAAUACAAGUUAAGGUUCAUAGAUGGAGUUCACGCAGUUCUAUCAGUUUUGGUGUUCAUGGCAGUGGCGUUAAGAGACAAAAAUGUCGUCAAUUGCUUCUACCCUCUGCCUGAGCAUGGAACACAACAAAUCUUGAACAUCAUCCCUACCGCGGUUGGGGUAAUCUGCAGUUCGUUGUUUGUAGUUUUUCCUACAAGAAGGCAUGGGAUCGGCUAUCCUGUUAGCUCAUCACACUGACUGAAUUUCCCAAGUAACGCGCUAUAACAAACAACAAGAGACCUUGCUAUCAGCCGGUUCAAUGAUGCGGAAGUUGUGGAAGACUUGAAAGAUGUACAGAUUUGGGUUUUCAGGCUUGAAAAUGUCAUAAAAACUUCUAGUACAAAUGUUUGAAUUUUUAGUUGUCUUGAUGGAACCAAAACAGGACUUAAUUUGGUUGCAAGCUAUCAGAACUGAAAUUGUUUUCUUCAAUAUUGUCAUUUAUUUGUCUAUAAGCAUGGACGCAUUUUACACAUGUGAUUCUCUUUAUGUCAGCUGUGCUAAACUCAAGCUAGUUGACAUUUGUGAAUAAAUAAAAAUUAGUUUUCUUC